AUGACGUCUGUACUGGCCGAGUCCUCUCCCCCAACCGCCAAUUCUACGGAGUCAGACUCGCCCUCAGGGUGUCAGACUGCCGAAUCCGCAGCCAAGAUGCCCGCUCAGCUCCCGGAGGCCGGUGACGCGGACGCCAAGUCCAAAACUGUUCUUUCGCCGGUGCUGGAGACCCCCCAGCAGCCGGAGGCGUACAAGCAAGUGUCCAGCGAAGAGGAGCUCCGGUCGCUGGCAAUGAGCUUGCAAAAAUCUCAGCUGCAAGAAUCUCGACUUCGCAACUACUCAUUUGAGCCAAUGUCUCUGCCACCAUCCAGGGUUGGCUCGAGAGAGUCUAGCGAUCGCAGCGCCCACGGCACAGGUUCCUUCGUCGCUUCCCCUCAUCACUCCCCUCCCGUGUCGGCCGUUCAAUCCCCUCCUCUGACGCCUGCGGGGACAAACUCUCGUGAGGGCCGGAGCGGCGACACUCUCGCCGCUCUGCAAGCAGUCGAUCGCGCUCGGGGCAAACCGUCUGCCAUCACUCCGGAGUCUUCACCCCUUGUGUCCUCCGGCGAAAACUAUGGGGCGCAGCGAAGCGCACCUACCUCGCGCCCUUCCUCGACGGACCAUCUCCCGAUGAGAAAGACCGGCUCCGCGGAGCAGCCGUCUCAGAUCAAUACUGCACUCCCUAGACAUCGCGCCCAAUUCUUCACCGGGGCCGACGCCAGUUCCCAGGAGGAGAGCCCUCCACCGACUCCACGACCCUCCCACACCCCACCCGGCACCAUCACCCCUGUAGGGGAGCCCAACGAUCCAUACGCCCGGAGUAAGCGGCCUCCGCAGCCGAAAAACCUUGCUCAACUGGAUGCGCGGUUCAUUUUCAGCAGUCGAGACUCGAAGCGAUCGUUUCGCCCCGGAAAUCCCCCGCGGUCGGCCAGUGCAAUUGAUCUGGGUAAGUCCAGCGACAAGCGCUCGAGCAAGAAGGAGCCGAGCGACAGCAAGCACGGACACGGCCACCACCACCAUGGGUCCAUGUCGGAGCUCAAGCGAUUCUUCAAGAUGGGCCAUCGCAACAAGCGACCCGAAUCCCCGACUUCGGCGUCGAAGCGAUCGAGCCGCAACUCAGGAAAGAGCACGCCCUAUCAAAUGGCGCCCGACAACGUGCCUUUUGCGGACGAUCAUGGUCUCAACUCCAAGUACGGAAAGAUGGGUCGCGUUUUGGGGUCGGGCGCGGGAGGGUCGGUUCGUCUGUUGAAGCGGAAUAGCGACGGGGUGACUUUUGCGGUCAAACAGUUCCGAGAUCGUCAUAGCUGGGAGAGUUUGAAGGAAUAUUCGAAGAAGGUGACGGCGGAAUUCUGCAUCGGAUCGACCCUGCAUCAUGGCAACAUCAUCGAGACUUUGGAUAUCAUUCAAGAAGGGUCUCAUUGGUAUGAGGUCAUGGAAUACGCUCCCUUCGAUCUCUUUGCGAUCGUCAUGACGGGCAAGAUGACCAAGGAGGAGAUUGCCUGCUCAUUCAAGCAGAUUCUCAGUGGAGUGGCUUACCUUCACGGCAUGGGUCUUGCUCACCGGGAUUUGAAACUGGAUAAUGUGGUGGUCAGCGAUCGGGGCAUCAUGAAGCUUAUCGACUUUGGCAGCGCGGUUGUCUUCCGCUAUCCAUUCGAAAACGAUAUUGUCCCCGCAUCAGGCAUCGUCGGUUCAGAUCCAUAUCUCGCCCCCGAAGUAUACGACGAGAAGAAAUAUGACCCCCGUCCCACGGAUGUUUGGUCGCUGGCGAUCAUCUUCUGUUGCAUGACUCUUCGUCGUUUCCCAUGGAAGCAGCCGCGCACGACCGACAAUUCAUAUCGUCUGUUCGUGGCCUCGCCGACCCCCGGCACUCCAGUGGCCGACGCCGAGAACCGCCGUCAGCCGAAAGCCAAGUCCAGUCCAGACCUUGUGUCUGCGGCACAGGCAGAUAAAGAGAAACCUACAGAGGCCCCCGCCCCAACAGCUGCCGCACCGUCCGCCUCCGCUGCGGCGAACCAGAACGGUAACAAAAGUCCCGACUCUCCCACAGACAAGAACGACUGCCCUGGCGAUCCGGCGCGCAAACAGCCGAGUCAGACCAGCGGCCAUAAGGCUGCACGCACGACCAGCAAGGAAGCGCCACCCCUGCCUCCAAAUGCGCAGCCUCCGGCCCCAAAGCAAGAGGUUAUCAAGGGACCGUGGAGACUUCUUCGCAUCCUUCCUCGUGAAAGCCGUUACAUCAUUGGCCGGAUGUUGAAGGUCAACCCGAUCGAACGUGCAACCCUCGAGGAAGUACUCGCUGAUGAAUGGGUCCGCAACAUCAUGACUUGUCGCCAAGAGGACUGGGGCGAGGUCAUCAACGCUCCUAACCAUACCCACGUUCUUGAGCCACCGUCUCAAAGCCCUGCAGUGGCAAGCAAAGCAGCCAAAGCAAAAUGA